AUGGGCAAUACAACACCACCAAGCAAUAGUGAGAGCCGGCAAUGGGUGAUCAAGGUCGCUGCGUGGCCACUGUUCAGUGUGUGCACAAUCCUAGUCGCACUGCGGAUCUGGACUCGUGCUCGCAUUGUUCGGCCUCUAGGGUGGGAUGAUGCCUUUAUUGUAUUGGCCAUGGUCUGCGCGACGGCGGAAAGCAUUUUCACGACCAUCAGCGUGCAUCAUGGUACCGGACGACAUACUGUCGAACUCACUGAGACACAGCGCAUCCUGAGCGCCAAGUUCAACUGGAUGUCGCAGGGGUUCCAUGUAAUGGCGACGAACUGGGGUAAAACAUCUGUUGCGUUGUUUCUGCUACGGAUUAUGGGGAAGGCCAAGCAUCACCAAGUAGCCAUCUAUGGAGGGAUCACUCUCCUGACCGUUAUCAAUACGGUGUCUUUAUACACUAUGUAUGGCCAGUGUACCCCCACCAAUAAACUUUGGGAUGAGAGUAUCGAAGGGUCGUGCUGGCCGCCGACAGUGCAGAAGAAUUAUGCCUUUUUCCAAGGGUCGGCCUCCGCGUUCUCGGACUUCGCGCUCGCUAUUUAUCCAUUAAGAACCAUUGCCGGACUGCAGAUGGCCCGUAAGGCGAAGAUUGGGCUGAGUUGCGUGCUCUCGCUGGGAAUCGUCGCCAUGGCUGCUGCCAUUGUCAAGACCAUCAACAUUUGUUCACUGACCGAACGAGCCGAUUUCCCAUGGGACACGGUUGACCUUUCAAUAUGGACCUCCAUCGAGCAGUAUCUCAUUAUUCUCGCCGCAUGCAUCCCCGCCAUGACACCCUUGGUCAACAUUCUGCUCCACAAACGCCCUUCUAAAAGGAACACUGCCCGCGCCCGAACUUCCUCCGGUAACCAAUAUGGGCGCCGCCAAGGGCAUGCAGAGUUUGGUGGUCGCAGUCUGGAUUAUGCCCUAGGUACUUAUGGAGAUGCUUGGGCUACUGCACGGAGAGACAAGGGUGAUGGUGAUAGUGAGGACCCGAUCAUGGAUGAGGAGGCGAGCCAGGGGAUAAUGAAGACGACGGAGAUCCAUAUCCAAUCUGACGUGGAUGUCAAUCAGCGGGGGCUCUAG